CUUUUCAUUUUAGUAGCAGUCAGUUUGUUUUUAUGUUAUUGUUAUUAUUGAAACUUGAGUUCCGUUAAUUGUUUUUCUAACCACUCAAAAUGAAGUUAGACCUUACGAUGAACGAUCGGUUCAAUCAGCGGUUCCAGUCGGUAUAUAGCGGACUGGUUCCUCAGAUUGCCCGAUUGGUGCCCUUCAACGACUCGGAGGUGACCUGCAUCCUGCUGAUCUACUACAAGUUCAGUCUCCAGAAUGGACCCUCUGCACGUCGGAUAACCUCCACCCAGUUCGUCAACAUAGUGAUAGGAUUCCAGCAGCUAUAUGACAUGGAUGUGGUGGAUAGAAUCGUAACCCUUAUCGCGGGGGGCAGGAAGCAUGUGACGCCCAUGGAGUUCGUUAACUACAUGACCAUUUUAAUGACUCGCGAUAUGGAGCGCAAAAUGAAGUUCGCCUACAUGGUCUACGACAAAAAUGGAUUGGGCAUCAAUCGAGAGAUAAUAUCAUCGUCGGUCGAGAGGUUUUUCCCCGGGGACGAUGACGAAGUAAUCGAAAUGCGACUGGACAUGGUCGAUUUUCUACUCCUGAAAUUUGAUGAAGAUCAAGACGCCAUCAUCUCAUUUGAGGAGUACAGAUCGAUCGUGGUGCAACAGCCAAGCAUGCUGGAGUUCCUGGGUCCCAUCUUUCCCACUGACGAGACGCGUCUGGUGGUUGCCUACUGCACGGCCAUAUACUCUCACAUCCCCGAAAUGGGCAUGAUAUAGGAUGGAUGG